AACAAUUCAACCACCAAUAUUUUACUAAAACUACUAAUAACCCCGGCUACAUUCCACAAAAUGCAGGGGGUGAGAAAGAGAGAUCAUGGCAGGUAGAUAAUAUACUUUUUCGUAAAUUUACUCCUUUAAAAGUUCCAAAAUUAUCGUAAAUGCACAGCAAAACUCGUUUAAUGUCUCUUCUUCUUCACUCUCAUCUGUGAGAACUGAGAACAACUCUUCACUCCCCAUCUUCUUUUUUCUUACAUCAAAUUACACAAAACAACAACCGCCUAUUAGGGACAACACGCAAGACUCUCAUGCGAAAUUUGUUUGUUCUCACCGGUUGCUAUUGUCAAAAUUUAUGUUUUUGUAGGAAGUUGGUUGGGGCAAAUAGUACCGCCAGAUCAAAAUAGUUCAGCCAAUCUGAGAACAAGUUCUCUGAGAGAACGAAGACAAGAAUAGUAAUGAAAGAAUUAAAAGGGCUCCUGCAUUUUAUAUGCUCGGUUCAGUUCUGGAGAAUGGUGGUGCUUUGGACAGUAUCUGUUCUGACCUCGUACUGGCAACUUUUUGUCCAAAGUCUCUUCUCUCAGAAAUCUGACUUUUUUACUCGUCAUCUUCCUCCAACUACAGGGCUUACAAGACCUGUUUGUGUCAUUACUGGUGCUACAUCUGGUUUGGGUGCAGCUGCAGCCUAUGCUCUUUCAAAAGAAGGGUUCAGUGUUGUUCUUGCUGGGCGGUCAUCCCAUUCAUUAUCAAAGACUAUGAAAGGAAUACUGAGUAGGAAUAAAGAUGCGCACGUCAAAGCUUUUCAGGUCGAUCUGUCAUCUUUCCAGUCGAUCUUUAAGUUUAAAGACUCACUUCAGCAGUGGCUUUUGGAUUCUAAUAUGCAUUUUUCUAUCCAACUCUUAAUAAACAAUGCUGGGAUAUUGGCAACGUCAUCUCGACUCUCAUCUGAAGGCCAUGAUCAGAUGAUGAGUGCAAACUACAUUGGUGCAUUCUCUCUUACUAAACUUCUAUUACCACUUCUCAGAAACAGUCCUGUUCCUUCCCGGAUAGUGAAUGUUACUUCAUUCACACAUCGAAAUGUGUUUGGUGCACAGAUUGACAAUGAGACUGUCACUGGGAAGUGCUUCUUGAGAUCUAAAGAUUAUCCAUUUGCACGUGUCUAUGAGUUUUCCAAAUUAUGCCUACUUCUUUUCACUUAUGAGCUUCACCGACAACUUGGCUUGAUGGAUAACUCUCGACAUGUCUCUGUCAUUGCUGCGGAUCCUGGUGUCGUGAAAACAAACAUCAUGCGAGAAGUUCCUUCAUCUAUUUCUCAUGUGGCAUUUAUUGUAUUGAAGCUUCUUGGCCUUCUGCAGUUGCCUGAAAAUGGUAUCAAUAGUAUUCUUGAUGCAGCCCUUUCCCCACCCGAAACAUCUGGAGUUUACUUUUUUGGUGGAAAGGGUAGGACUGUAAACUCUUCUGCACAAUCCUACAACUCCAGACUUGCAGAGGAACUUUGGACUACUUCAUGCCAUCUCUAUGAAGAGUACGAACGUGCUUGCAAGGAAUUAUCGAAAUAAGCAUAAUAAAUUAAGGAAAGGAUAAAAUCCUGGAUAUAAGAGGUCAGGCCUAUUAUUUGCGGUUGGAGUUUCAUGGUUCAGGAGAAACAUUGCCUUUGAAAGUUGGUGUGACAGUGAAACAGGCCGAAAACAACUAUUGUGGGAGUGGGACUAGAUAUUUCUGAUGUGCUGAAUUGCUUAGGCAUGGGAGCAAAUCAGCAAAACCUUGCCUUGCCGCCCCUAAACCCAUGGGAGCUACACAAUGUUACACAAUUUCAUGAGUUUAUUUUACAUGGUUUUUGUUUUACAUUGGUUUCUAUAUAUUUUAAUUGCUUGGUUUAGGCCUUAGUCCUUACAACUGAAAAUAGAGAAUGGUAAUUAAUUGAGUUUA